AUGGCCCGCACUUCAUCAUCCCUUUCCGCUCCCAUCGCCAUCGUCGGCGGUGGUCCAUGCGGACUCGUCUUCGCCCGACUCCUAGAACUCAACAAUAUCGACUACGUCGUCUUCGAACGCGACGCAAGCUCCGUUCCCACGCCCAUGUACCAAGGCGGUACCCUAGAUCUUCAUCCGCCGUCUGGGCAGCAGGCUCUCAAAGACGCCGGACUCUUUGACGAGUUCAAGAAACUCGCCCGCUGGGACGCCACCCGAUUCACCAUUCAGAACACUACUUGCACCCUCCGACACAGCUUCGGGGAAGGUCGUGAUGCUCCUGAGAUUGAUCGUCUUCAGCUGCGCCAGAUGCUUCUCGACUCAAUCCCUUCCCACAAGAUCCGGUGGGGGCACGGCGUGCGGUCAAUCGAGAAAGAAGGCAGCGACUGGCUCAUCAACUUCUCGAACGGCGCCUCGGCCUCUGGAUUCCGUCUUGUUGUCGGUGCCGAUGGAGCUUGGAGUAAAGUCCGGCCUUUGCUCACUGCGGCCAAACCUGAGUACUCGGGCAAGCUAUUCAUCGAAGGUCGCAUUUCACACGGCAAUCCCAGCUACGCCGCCGCUUUGGAGAUAACUGGUCCCGGGAACAUGAUGGCGUUAGGCUACGGUCGAUCCCUCAGUGUUCAACAGGUAGCCGACGGCUCCUACCGCAUGUACGCCGGCUUAGUUGCCCCCGAAGAUCUGACUCGUAAGACGCUCGACAUGGCCGACACGGAGGGAACCCGACGAAAGCUUCUCACCUCUCCCGAACUUUUCGCAGACUUCGCCCCUGAGCUAAAGCAGUUCAUCACCGAUGCCGAAGGACCCUUCCGCCCCUGGCCGCUCUACCGUAUGCCAGUCUCGUCGCUCAGCUGGGCACGUGUUCCCGGUGUCACUCUCAUCGGCGACGCUGCGCACGUGUCGACACCAUUUGUGGGCGAGGGUGUCAAUAUCGCCAUGUACGAUGCACUCAAGCUGAUGAACAGUAUCAAGAAACACUGCGGCGGUGGGGUUGACGGUGACUUCAAAGAUGCUGCUGGCCUCGAGAAGGCGGUGGCCGAAUACGAAGAGGACAUGUUUGAGAGGGCGCAGAGUUUCAUCUCACGAUGCAUUAUGAGUGAGGGUAUCUUCUUUGCGGAGGAUGGGGCACAGCAGCUUGUGGAUAUGAUCACCGAUGUCAGCAAGCGCGAGGAGGUCCUUGGUGACAAGCUUUGA